UUUUAUCGACCCAUACAGAACAAAAGGAAAAAAAAAGAAGUGAGCAAUCUCAGGGUCGUCGUCCUCCCUCUUCGGCUGGGUGUCUGUGGUACCAAUAACAAAGGAGGCAGAGAAUCGGCAAAGCAAAGGCAUCAAUGCCAGCCCAGAAGCGGUCAUUGCCGGAGAAUCUCGACGAUGAAGAGUCCAGCCUUCAUCACCAAAGCCACACCAAGCAAUCUCGAAACGAAGAUGGCCAACACAAACCUGAAGACGAAACAACCCAACUGGAACAAGAACAGCCCGAGCCGGACCAAGACCAACAACACCUGAAACAAGACCCCGAUGACCAAAACCACCAAGCUCAACUCCAAGGCGACGACGAAGAUGAAGAUGACGAUGAAGAUGGAGAUGAUGAAGAUGAUUCUGAUGGAAGCCAAUCUUCUACUUCUCAAGAGAAACCCGAAUUUGUCUUAGUAGAGCUUCCGGAAAUUCGUAAAGAUGUUCAAUGUCCAAUUUGUUUAGGAAUCAUAAAGAAAACAAGAACUGUAAUGGAAUGCCUACACCGUUUCUGCAGAGAAUGCAUUGACAAAUCAAUGCGACUGGGGAACAAUGAGUGUCCUGCUUGCCGUACGCAUUGUGCUAGUCGACGUUCUCUAAGAGACGACCCAAACUAUGAUGCCUUAAUUGCAGCUUUAUAUCCAGAUAUCGACAAGUAUGAAGAGGAGGAAUUGGCGUUCCAUGAAGAGGAAAGGACUCGCAAUAAGCAGAUUCAAGCAUCGAUUGCCCAAAUUUUUCAGAGACAAUCAGAAGCACUAGUUAAACGACGUAGUCUUGGCAAAGAGAGCAGCACCUUUAGCGCUAGAUCACAGCGGCAUCAUCGUAGUGCUCAUCCUCGUAGGCGACGGAACUCUCGAGGAGUUGAGCAUCAAGGAUCUGAAGACAAUGAGGAUGAAAACGAUGAUAAUGGAGGCAAAGAUUCUUCUUCCACAGAUGAGCGCUGUACAGAAGUGAGGCAGAGAAGGCGCAAAAGACGGCCUGGAAUUCGGUUGUCCCUGCCUUCUUCAUCAGUGGUAAACUCAGAUGGUGGAUAUGUUGAAAAUGAUACUGAAGUGUCUAGAGACAGCAGAGGGAUUUCUCCUGGGCUUGUCUGGAAUCCAGACAUGCUUGCUUGGGGGAGAGGUGGUGCUCGGAGUCACACUCGACAUGGAAAUUCAAGCAGUGGCAGCAGCAAGAGUUCACGUGCUCGCUUGAACAGAUUGGUAGAGUAUCUUAGGAGCUUGGAGGAAAACGAUGAUGAGUUGGAUGUUCAUCUCAAGCUUAUUUCAGUGGAUGAACACAGUACAUCAAGUUUGCAGCAACCUUACCUUUGUUGUCGGCCCAGUCUGUCAGUUAAGCAGCUAUGUGAAUACAUCGCUCUCCAGACACCAUUACGGGCUGAAGAAGUAGAAAUAUUAAUGGUAAAAGGACAAUACCAUACUGAUGAAAAAUGCACCAACCCCUCGGAGGAUACACUGCAAAUCUUGGAAGGUCAAGAAACUUUGGCGGGGCUUAAGGGGAAGUGCAGUUCUGGAAUAAAUCAUUUGAUUCUGGCAUAUAGGCAGAGGCAAAGUUGCUAGCAAAAUUGCAGCAAUGUUGAAAGUGCGGGUUCUACAAGACACACAGGUUGUUGGCAGUUGACUCUGGUAAUUUACAUUUGAGUUUGUAUGUAAAUACACGGAUUCUGGAGGGGUCUGGUCGUUUGAUGAAACCAUUGUUUGAGUUGCGUUCUAGGUGAUGUAAAAUUUAGGACAUUGAGUCGAGGUUUUCGAGGUUGCUAUAACUCAACACUUUGGCAUUAGAUGGUAAAUUAGAAAAAAAUGGAAAGAUGUAUAACAUAUAUAUCAUCUUUUUUUUUAUUGGUGUGUUUGUUUGGUAAUAAUCUAAGAAAUUUUUUCUUUUUAUAACAAA